AUCUGCUUAUCUGAAAGUCUCACUUUUACUCUGUUGCAUUGUUUUUUCUUGUGCAUGUUUCUGUACUCCAGCUUCGCGUGGGGGAUCAACGAUAAAAAGUCCCUUCAUGCAGAAUAUGGCUUUAUCACAAUGAAACGAGGAACCAAUAUCAUCGGAAUGACAACGGUUAUGAAUAACGGAUUUACGACAUCGGAAAACGGAGAAAUAAGAGACAACAAAAUCGUUUUUCACCUCCAUCAGAUUGGUCGAAUCAGCUGGAGUCGAGAUCUCCCUGUCUUACAUCUGAUCAGAGAAAUCACGCUACUUGAACCAGAUGUUCUGGAGCAACGAACAAUGAUGCAAACUCUUACGCACGUCAUGCAAGAGCACACGAGCAUUCGUUACCGUAAGGUGUUCCCUUGA